UUCUCGCAGAAGAGGAAGAGUCGCGGAAGAGAAGGAAAGGCUUGGCAGGCUAACCAGCUAGCUCAGAUAACUAUCCCACUAACCAGCGGCUUCACCAGGUUUACGGGUUGGAUAGACGCCCAGACGAAGAUCCAGGAUGACAGCUGCACCUUACAACUACUCCUACAUCUUCAAGUACAUCAUCAUUGGUGAUAUGGGCGUCGGGAAGUCGUGUCUACUGCAUCAGUUCACAGAGAAGAAAUUCAUGGCCGACUGUCCUCACACCAUCGGGGUGGAGUUCGGGACGAGGAUCAUGGAGGUCCACGGCCAGAAGGUGAAGCUGCAGAUCUGGGACACUGCAGGCCAGGAGAGGUUCAGGGCCGUCACCAGGUCUUACUACAGAGGGGCCGCCGGGGCCCUCAUGGUCUACGACAUCACCAGGAGGAGCACCUACAACCACCUGAGCAGCUGGUUGACGGAUGCCAGGAACCUGACCAACCCCAACACAGUGAUUAUUCUGAUCGGAAACAAGGCCGACCUGGAGGCUCAGAGAGAUGUGACAUACGAGGAGGCCAAACAGUUUGCUGAUGAGAACGGUUUGCUGUUUCUGGAGGCCAGCGCCAAAACAGGGGAGAACGUAGAGGAGGCCUUCCUGGAGGCGGCAAAGAGAAUCUACCAGAACAUCCAAGACGGCAGUCUGGACCUGAACGCUGCAGAGUCGGGAGUCCAACACAAACCGUCGGCGCCACAAGGAGGCCGCCUCAAUGCCGACAGCCAGCCGGCUAAAGAGGGUUGCAGCUGUUAACCUCAGACAGAAACCAGAACCAUCAAACAGAUCGACGGACGGACAGACGGACACAGAGACCCCCUCUACCAGAUAUAUCCAGAGCUGGAUUACGUUUAACAGCACUGGCAAAGUCCAUCCACCUGUUCAGUCCACCACCCAAUUCAAUAUUCAACCAUCUUCCAUCCAACCAAGUAUUUACCAGCUGUGGCUUAAUCAGAAAUCCACAUCUGUCGAGACUACCCUAACCCUUGUCCCAAUCUUUAGCAAAUAAUUCUAAUCUCGCAAGCUUUGGCAGCCUUUUACUCAAGACUUGAUUCCAUUUCCCUGAAAAUGGACUCCUCUUAUAACAUGUCUCAUCAAUGUCUGGGGUUCUUUUGGCCCAUUACAAGCAAGAUUUAAGGGCCUAUCAACACCCUCAUCCAGACACCCCCACCUUAUCUUUAGCAAAUCAUUCAAACCUCAGAAGCCCACAGAACACAUUUUCUUCAGACCGGACUACCCUCCCGACCUUGUCUUCAUGUCUACAGUUCUGUUGGCCAAAUUCAAGCAAGACUUUGGGACUAUCCUCGAUCUUCAAGUCUCAAGAGGUGAAAAUCAAAUUAGGACACAGUUACAGUCUAAAUCUAGGUUUCAUCACAGUCUCGACCACCCAAUGCCUUUGGCCCACGCUCGUAGCAGUUGUCUCAAUCUUCAGCAAACUAUUGUAAGUUCAAAGCCCAGACAGCACUUUACACCACAACGGAACUGCCCCCUGACCUCAUCUUCUCUAUAUCUAGACUUCCUGUGGCUUAACUUAAACAAGACUUUGGGACUACUCUCAACACCCAAAUCUCAAAAGGCAAGAUUCAAAUCAGGACCAAUUUACAGCCCAAAUCUGGGCUCGACCACUACUGCUCUUAGCUCACAUCCAGUUAUACUUGUGUCAGCCUUUGGUAAAUCAUUGUACCCUUAAAAGUCCACACACCCCUUCCUCCAUGACUGGACUACCAUCCCUCCUCGAGAGUUCUUUUGGCCCAACUCAAGCAAGACUUUGGGAACACCCUCGGCAAAUGAUGUAUCUACAGCCCAGAUCUGGAUAUCACUGCAGUCUUUAGCAGAUCGCUCUAACCUCGGAAGCCUGGACACCCCUUUUCUCCAAGACUGGACUGUCCCUGAGAUUCUCAUCUUUUCCAAGUCUGCUGCACUGUUCCAAACCCACUGAGGGUAGCUCAGAUCACAGUGGACACAUACAGAGCCUUGGCUUGACAUCGAUCACCUGAGACAACCUUCAGCCGACAUCGAGAACUUUAGGAUUCCUUCUUCACACAAAGCAUUUGUCACUCUGCCAACAAAAUCCUUCACGUUUCCAAAUAGUGAUCUUUGACAAAACAAGCUGUCUUUGAGCUGCGUGACAAUUAUUCUGGUUUUUUUUUGUUUUUUUUUCUCCCAUUCCUUGCUCUGUGUGGACUGGAGACCAGUUCUGUUUGUUAGUCCCGUGGAUCACAGAAUGCUCUCACACUCUAGUUGUUGAUGUGGACGGCUGAUUUGUGGUCCGAUGGCUGGAUUCAUAAUUGAAUCUUAAAUAUCAGUACAGUCCAGUUGAGACAGAUGCAGUUUAAAGAGGUACUCCAGUGAUUUUACACAAGAUCAGUUUAUCCUUUAUGCUUCGUGACACUACUGUAUUGUUGGGGAGGAGCUUUCCAAAGUCUGCAAAUGUCUUACUUUGAGUGUAGCACUCGUCGAUUGGUUGAGUUCUGUAGCAUUUUCCCAUCGUUUUCCAAUCCACCAAGUGCAUUAAUUACAUUUUUGGUCAUGGUGGUUCAACAUGGGAGUACAUCCAGCUGGAAUUUUCGGCGGCAAUUCACAACAUGAGGUUUACCUAAGGACUGUGUUACUUUGUCGUCGUUGUAUUCUGUCGUGCAAAAAUGAAGCCGUGAAACAGGCGGUGUUUGUUGAUAUGUCAGCUGAUAUACUUAUUGGGACUUUAAGCCGUGAUAGAAAUUAAGAUGUUUUAAACUUUCCAGUAAAAUCCGAGGCUUGCACUGAAGUUUGAAAGAUGGGGAAUUCAUUAGGCUUUUAGGUUGUAGCUAAAUUUGCUGCCCUGUUGCUCUACAGAAACCGUAGCAUCCAGACAUUUGGAGUUUAGCUAGCAUUAUGUGUUGAAACUAGAUGCACACCUCUAAAAGUCUGAGUGCUUCAGACAGUCCAGAGACGUACCGUCCAACCACAUGUAGCUCACUGGAGUUCCCCUUGAUUCCCAAAUAGAAGAAAAUGGUGACGAGGACGAGCUGUGGUCUCAGUCCACAUAGAUCCACUUUAUGAAACAUUUUAGAGGUGUUUGUGGGUUCAGAAUGUUGGACCUCACCCAAGCAGACCUGUAGGAACUUUAUGUAAGAGCGACAUGCGUAAAAACGAACACCAGAGGACAGUGAGACCGUCGACUAAAUUAUCCUGAAUGUUGUUUGGACCCGGUCUUACUCAGGUUUACUGAAAACCAACAACCAAACCCACCGUCUGUGCAUCUCCACACUUUGCCUUUAUUUAAAAUCUGAAACGUUUACCUUCGUUUGAGGCGAUUUUGAAUCUUGAGUUGCUGUUGGAGAGAUGAAGCAGCUGAUUGAUGAAGAAGAAAAAUGACUUUCCUGAACCAGAAGGUCACUGCUGAUCAAGUUCAGGUUAGAUUUUUAUUAAAUUCCUUUUAUUUUUCUUGUUAUUGUCGAUGUUUUUAACCAAAUAUACGUACAGGAUGUUGUUGACGUCACAGCUCCCCCUUGUGGCCAUUCUGUUUUGCUUCCCUCCUGGUUCAGUGCACACGAAGGGAAGAAAAAAUGGCUCGAGUGGAAGUAAAAAGAUUUCUUUUAAUUUAUUGCUGACUGUUUUUGUUUUCUGUUUGGUUUUGAAUGUUACACAAUGAUUCCACUUUAUUUGACUGCGUUACUCUGGUUCCUGUUGCGUUCGCUCCAUGCAAGCUACCAGACGUCGUUUUUGGCAAAACUUUCCCAUCGAUACCUGAAGGCACAUUUGCGAAAUGUGAAAAACGAUGCCUUCAAGUGCGAUCCGGAAGUGCUUCAGAGUUUCCUUGACUGUCACCGGACUCAGUCGUCCACUAAACGAAUAAUUUCAUUUUGUUGAUGGCGUUUAGAGUGCGAUCCUGGCGCUACACGAACCUCUCGUCUCAGACUAACUUGGCUAAAUGUUGCUCCAUGAUCAUUCAACUCUAACAGCUUCAACCCCCGACAUGCAGCUCACUAAACUUUAUAAUGAAAUGUUUUAAAGUUGCAGGAGUCGACUUCUGAACAAGUCGAAGCGAAACGAGCCGCCGAAUGUUUGACAACUGUUAAAACCAAUCGAUUAGCGCAGCUUUAGCCUGAGAUGACCGUGCUCCCAUCUUGAUUAAUGAAUCAAUUAUAAUCGUGUUUAAAAACCAGGAAGAGUGUGGAGAUAAGAACUUUCUGUCUGUACGGAGUCCCUGAAGCGACAAAUGUCUCCUUUUAGUGGGAGAGGGAAAUAAGAUUAAUAUUUUAAAAAAAAUGAUUUAACUGCUGCUCAGUAUACAAAAUAUAGAAUAACCAAACAUAAUGAAAAACUAAAUAAUCUGAGAUGGGAAAUGGAAAAUUCUGACUCAUUAAAACACUGAUGUUCAGUCACAAUCAUGACUUCUUGUUUCUAAGCCAAAAAUUUUGAUUAACACACAAGUUUCGUACUUUUCUUUUUCUAACUUAACAAUUAUUUUUAUUUUAUUUUGUUAGUGUGUUAUAAAUUAUAGGUGGACACAUUUAUUGGUGACUCAAUGAUUUAAAUUAAUAAAACAAAUGUUAUUUUUCCUUUACGAGCCAAAUUACAAAUAUAUUAUCUUAAUUUUAGGCAGCUGUAAAGUAAAUAAAUGAUAAACUAGUGUGAAAUUAAAUAAAGCAAUGAAGUUGUUUUUUUUUUGCAGGAUGUUGAAAUUUGUGAUUAACUAGUUUUAAGUUUUCGUUUCAACUCUGUAAAUAAAAAAAUGAUGAACUUAAUUGUGACUUAAUGGGUCAAAAGUUGUAGAUUUUUCUGCCAUUAUUGUGACUUAGCGUGUGUUUAAGAUGUAUGAUUACUACAGACCUACUUAAAUAUGUGUCCAAAUUUUCCAACUUUGAUGCAAAAAAAUGUCAGUGUUGACCGACUGCUUUUAUUUCUGCACACUUAACACAUUAAUUCAACAGAUCAUUUAUUUGUGGCGUUUGUCACCUCUGGGACUCCGUAUGGUUUAGUUUAAACGUCAUUUUCCCGCCUCUCUGGUUCUGGUCACAUAUCCAGCCCAAACUUCAGUGUCCAGGGUUCCAGAGGGCCUGGUGUUUCUAUGGAGAGGGGUCAUGUGACUCCACUGGCUGUCCUCUGAUUGGUGGAUGGUCGCCUUCUUUAUGUGAUGCUCGGUUUAUGAAUGAAGCCCUCCUUACUGUAAAACAAGACUUCCUGUUUCUUUCUGAAGUGACCCGUCAGCAGGGAAAAGCCUUUGUUUUUUGUUUGGUUUAUUUAAAGAAGAGAAGAAAUAAUUUCCUCGGUGACUCUCGUCUGUUUCUGAGAUUCAUCUCCGACAAUUUGCAGGGACCAAAGACGUCAACCAGGAGUCACUGAAUCCCAAAAGAAAAACCCAAAGUUGUCGGAACCGCUGCCUUAAGCUUCCCUCGCCAUAGAAACACACAAACACGAGAUUCACAGAAAUAUUUCUAGUGUUCAUUAAGACCUACAUUUAAAGUAUCGACUGUAAUCUGGGAGGAUAAGACACCAAAAACUUAAUUAAUCUUUGUCAACAAAACUGAAUUAUUUGAUAACAGUAAAGGUGAGAAAUCAGACUCAUGAUGUUAGAGACAAAACGUGAUUUUAAUUAAUUAGUAUUUGAUGGAGGAAAUGAUUUUAACUUCGGCAGUCAAACUCCAACAUCACAGAUUGGAAAAUGUGCAACAAGAAUCCCGUUUUCUCCCCAUUCAUGGCUGUAACUUGCUCUGUUCGUUUUCUUUUAUUUCUGUAACAUCUGUUGACUUCCUGUCUGCUACAGUAACAAACACACUUCUUCUGAUUCUUGGACUAUUUAUAUUCUUAAUCUGUCAUGAUUUUCUUCAGCUGUACUUUAAAUUGUUCAACCAUGGGGACUCGGUUAUUUGUAAAUAAAGUAUAUAUACUGUA